UGGCAGCAGCCGCUUCAACGUGUGCGAGAUAAACACGCAAAACAAAGUGAACUGGGUCAGUACGAGCCUGAGAUUGCGACUGCGACUGCGACAGAGGCUUGCAUGUGCGCAAAAAUAUGUUGCAUACUUAAUGGCUGAAGACGGCGAAGUGCAAGGCGGCAAGGCGGCAAGGCGCAUUGGGACACAACAAUAACAGCAAAAAGGCGUACAACAGCGAACGAAAUUCAGCGGUAAACUGAGUGUAUUGUGAGAUAAAAACUACACAUAAUAAAAUGUUACAAAAUAUAAUUGAAAUAUGCCAGCUCGACAACGGCAAAGUCCAAAACUGUCGGGCAGCUGUCGCACCAGCGGCUAAAGAAAAUGCAACAAUGGAGCAAUGCACAACAAGAAUAUCACCAAAAUUUAAAUGAAACAAUGCGAAAAACUUUGACCAGCAGGAGCCACAGCAGAAAUAAAAACAUGAACAACCGAUCUGCCAAAAAUGAAAGCGAAGAAAAGUCAAACUGCAGCAACAGUUAGAUGAGAAAGUCAAGUCAACAAGCAAUCGAACAGUCUUUGAUACUACAAGUACAAUACUUUUCCAGAUCAUUAAAACCGAAUUCGGCGUUAAGCCACAGAUUCCAAAGUUUCGGGGUCGAUACAACUUUUCAUCCGGCUGCAGAAAUUUAAUUAGACGCAGAAAAGAGCACAGCUAGCGGCCAUAAAUCAGCCGUCAGCCAAGCCGUCCAAAGGCAGCGAAGGCAGCGAAGGCGCUUCCUUUCAUUUCGCUUUAUUUCAUUCACUCAUUCAUUGGCUCUAUUUAUCGUAUCGCACGGCAUGGCAUUCAACGUCGCAGACGCAGCCAAUUAGCUGUUCUUUGAGGCAACUGUAACCUCGGCUGUUUUGGCCGCCUUCUACCGGCCCAAUGCCUGCUGCCAAAAGACGCGCAGCAGGCAGCAGCAGCAGCAGUGGAAACAGCAGCUCCGCAAAUGCAACGUACGAGCAGCCGCCCUUGCAACAUCAUGCAGAUCAUGAACAGCCACCCGAAUACCAACAGCUAUUACAGCAUCAGCAUCAUCCGCACAAUAGCCACCACAGCAGCCAUCACAGCAGCCACCUCAGCAGUCACCACAGCAACCACACGCAACAGCUGCAGCAGUACCACCAGCGGCAGCAAUUUCAGCAGCAGGCGACACAUCAGCAGGCUACGCUGCGCGACUGUUCCGUGAAGCUGCCUCUGGAUAUCCUAUGGUUGCCGAAGUCAGCCAUGCGGCCGGUGGGGCCAGAAACGUCGCACACGGACUGCAUACUGGUCGUGGGCGUCUCCCGUCCAAAAUUAGCCGUUGUCUUUCUAACGGUUAUGUUAAUCUCGCUGUUUCUCACCUUCCACGUGCUGUACGACAGUGCUGUCUACAAUAUACAAGCGGCUCAGGCGGUGCACGAACGACAUCGCCUCUCCAUGCUCGGUGGCAUGAAGAACGGCGAUGGCAGGAGCAGAAUGCCCGAUGGCAGCUCCACUAAUCACCUGCCCGUCUUUGUGAAGCCGGUGCCGAGCUCGAGUCAGUUGAGUCAUCCAAUGGUCUUUCCAUCCAGUCGCGUGCACUUCCCCAAGACGAGUCGACGAUUGCCUCAGGCACUCAUAAUUGGCGUGCGGAAGUGCGGCACAAGGGCACUGCUCGAGAUGCUUUACCUGCACCCCCGCAUCCAGAAGGCUGGUGGUGAGGUGCACUUCUUUGAUCGGGACGAGAACUAUCUGAAAGGCCUGGAAUGGUAUCGGAAAAAGAUGCCGCACUCGUUUCGAGGACAAAUCACCAUCGAGAAGAGUCCCAGCUAUUUCGUCUCACCCGAGGUGCCCGAACGUGUUCGCGCCAUGAAUGCCAGCAUCAAGCUGCUGCUCAUUGUGCGCGAGCCAGUUACCCGCGCCAUUUCGGACUACACCCAGCUGCGGAGCCAUGCGGCCACUGCCAUCCUACCACUGGCCGAGAGCAGUGCGCCCGGUUCCGGUUCUGAUAUACAGCCCAAAACAGCUGCACCGUCGCCACCACUGUCGCCAUCAAAGGAGUUACUCUACAAAAAACUGCAUGCGGAGCGUGCUUAUGACAAUGCACUGGGCGGCAGUGGGGCAGGUGCUAAGGAGAUGGCCACCAAGCCACGUGGCCGACGUGCUGGGAUGCCGAUGGCGAUGCCAGUGACAGCAGUGGCAACAACAACCCCAACUUCUGCAUAUGCAAGCGCAGCGCAAAUGGCAUCCAAGUCCUUUGAGGAGUUGGCCAUAUUUCCGAAUGGGACCGUGAACGAAGCGUAUCGGCCAUUGAGCAUCUCCAUGUAUCAUGUGCAUUUGCAUCGCUGGCUCGAGGUCUUUCCGCGCGAACAAUUGCUGGUAGUGAAUGGCGAUAGACUAAUCGAAGACCCUGUAUCGCAAUUAAAGCGCAUUGAAGCGUUUUUGGGCAUCGAACAUCGCGUCAAGAGCGAACAUUUUUACUUUAAUGAAACGAAAGGAUUCUACUGCCUGCGUUACGACAACGGCGACCGUUGCCUGCGCGAGACCAAAGGACGAAAGCAUCCGCAUGUCGACCCCAUUGUCGUCUCACGGUUGCGCAAAUUCUUCGCGGAAUAUAAUCAGCGAUUCUACGAGCUGGUCGGCGAAGACCUUGGAUGGCCAGAGGAGUAAAGCUGAGCAAAGUCCGCAAGCAGUUUGCUGCCGUACCACAAACGCAAUUGAGAAACAUGGACUGAUGGUUACUACAUAUUUAUUCCUUCGUUGUUACUUCAAUUAAUUUAGCUGUUGUUUGUGUGCUUUCUUGUUCGCAUCCGUUCUUCUGUAUCCGUUUGUGUGAGUGUGUUGCGUUCAUGGCUGAAUGCUUCUGUUGCUAUUGGCAGCAAUUUAAAACUUGAUUAUAGUACAUACUAUAUAGUGUAUAUACUUAUAGAUACUCCAUAGUGUGGUGGAAUGUAUUUCAUCACGAGUACGAAGCGGAAUACAUUCAAGUUUCCGUUGCAAUGUCCGUAUUUAAUUACAAAUAUGGAAAACAGGCAAACAGAGCAAAAACAAAAACAGUUUUUUUUUCCGCAAAAUCAGUUCAUUGCAGGCACACACUGUAUCUCUAUCACCAACUAGGCAAUGCAAACAGUUUCGAAAUCAACAAUUUACUAUUGCUUCUGUUCUUCUUUAUGGGCAUUAUUUCUCUCACAAGCAGUUAUCUGUACUUUGCUACAGUUUGCAUACAAAUUAUUUGAUAUUAAUCAUGAAUACGUUGUAAUGUUGAAGCCGAUAUGGAGAAUAAUAGCUGGUAAGCUUAAUAACUUUUAAAUUUAACAUGUGAAAAGUGAAAAGGUCUUCGAAAACUAAUAAACAACAAAAUUGGAAUAUUCUUUUUUAAUAUUUCUUAAGCUAAUCGAAGCUGCAAUUGACGCCAAACAGAAUUAAAUAAAUGCAACUAACACGAUGGCAGCAAGUCAAGAGCAGAGUUCCACUGAAGGGCUUGAACUGAUCUACUGAUUGUAUGCUAGUAUAAACGUCUAUACAUAAAUAAAGUAAAUUUUUUUUCAUCUCUCA